UCUAAUCAGACAGGAAUGCGUAAAUAAACAUACUCAUCAGAGCCCAGAGCUAGGCGCCAAAACACUGGGAGAAGGGGAAAGGAGGGGCUGGGCUUCUCAGCCGAAGGAAAAAGUGGACAGAGAAAUGGCAGAGCUGAGAGGAGCGAUCGGCAGAUGGCCCUUCUUCAAACCAAUAAGGAUCUCAUUGCUACAGGAAUAAAGGAAUUUAACAUUCUGCUAAAUCAGCAGGUCUUCUCGGAUCCUGCUGUCCCUGAAGAAGCCAUGGUGACUGUGGUGAACGACUGGGUGAACUUCUACAUCAACUAUUACAGGCAGCAGAUGGUGGGGGAGCAGCAAGAGCAGGACAAGGCUGUGCAGGAACUUCGGCAAGAGCUGGAUACUCUGUCUGCCUCUUUCCUGGACAAAUACAGGAACUUCCUGAAGUCCCUGGGAGCACCCGAUCACAGGCUGCCUUCCUCCUAGCCGGGAGACCCAGGCUUGUCUGAGACCCUUAAAUGCUGCCUCUGUGUUCUUCAAGGCCUCAGGCUCUGCUCCUUCAUGGUGUUACUGCACCCUGACACCUCAAUAAAGACCAGUACUU